AUGCGCAAUGACAAACGUUAUUGUAUGGGAGUGUGUCGCAUCUUGAAAUUGUUCUCUCCACGCAUUAACGGAUCUAUCUACCCAUCUAUCUCGAUAGAUAUUUAUUGCCAGGAGCAUUAAGUGAAAAUAUGGCAGACCCAAGAAUACGACAAAUGAAAAUAAAGACGGGAGUCGUGAAGCGACUUGCCAAAGAGAAGGUCCACUACAUCAAGGAGGCCAAACAGCAGGAGGAGAAGAUUGAGCGUAUGAAAGCAGAAGCCGGAGAUGAAUAUGUGAUUAAGAAACAGAUUGAGGUGCUACAGGAAUGUCGCAUGAUGGUUCCCGACUGCCACCGACGCCUGACUAUAGCACACGCCGAUCUUCUGCAGUUACUUGAAGGCGAAGAGGAUCUUGCAGAAGCAGAGGAAUACAAAGAAGCACAGACCAUACUGGAUUCUGUGAAGCUGGAUGAAUGAUUUGUCAACCACACCCACCUACAUGCACACCUGUAAAAGCUCAUUUUGAUUCCUGUAGACAGGCCUGAUUUGUAAAGCAUGAACCAUAUAUUCAAUUAUGUUUCCGCUUUUUUAAUAUAUAUUUUUUUUCAUCCAACAUGAUUUGGCAUUUUGUUUCUACAUGUGUAAACCUCCCCCACCAAUGCACUAAAUAAAACAUUUUUGUACAAUUUAUGGUUUUCUUAUUUCCUUCCUUAAAAUGUUUCUGUAAAUCAUCUUCAAGUUUAAGAGUUUGUUUCUGUUUCUGAAUGACCAAACACAUGUUAGUAAUCUAAUAAUGAGAAUGGAGUGAGUGAGUGAGUGGAGUCUGUAUUCAGAUGAUAAAAUACUAUGGGCAAAAUGAAA